GAAAGACAGGAGGAUCAGUGUGCUGGCAGAGGAGGACGAGAGAGGGACGCAGCGCCCACUCAUCUCCUAGGAGACACAACCCUGCUUUUCUGGCUGGUGGGAGGGCCACUACUCAACAGGCAGGAUGGCUCGGGAUAUGGCUGAGAAGGAUAUCCUGAAAAUGGAAGUGGACCAGUUGAAAAAGGAAGUCAGCACGCCCAGGAGUGCAGUCUCUGCUGCUGCCAAAGAAACGAUCGAGUUUGUUGAGGCUCAGUCCCCUGAGGACCCUCUGAUCAAGGGAGUUCCCGAAGCCACAAACCCCUUCAAGGAGAAGGGUGGCUGCAUUAUAUCAUAGCACGGCCCUGUCUAGAACAGGGCGAAGACGGUCAUGUAAUAUUUCUUUUUUAUUUCGUUUCGUUUUUGCGAAUAGUCAGUUCCGUUGUGGGUCGUAGGGUGAUUUUGGGCAUCUGCUGUUCACAACAUGUACAUUUAUGGAGGAGAUGGAGUUCAGUCUGGUUUUCAUCACAUGUUCCUUCAGUGAAGUUGAUUGUUUUUCCUUUGUAAAAUAAAAACCACUUAGCUA